ACUAGUUUCAGUUAUAAGAAACAGAAACUGACACAGUCACUGACACUGAGAGGAGAAAUGGCACAGAAAGGAGUUCAGCUGGACCAAGAAACUUUCUCUUGUUCAAUCUGUUUGGAUCUACUGAAGAAUCCGGUGACUCUUCCCUGUGGACACAGCUACUGCAUGAACUGUAUUAAUGGCUUUUGGGAUGAAGAGGAAGAGAAGAAAAUCUACAGCUGUCCUCAGUGCAGACAGACUUUCACACCGAGGCCUGUCCUGGUAAAAAGCACCAUGUUAGCAGUUUUAGUGGAGGAGCUGAAGAAGACUGGACUCCAAGCUGCUCCUGCUGAUCACUGCUAUGCUGGACCUGAAGAUGUGACCUGUGAUUUCUGUGCUGAAAGGAAACUGAAAGCCUUCAAGUCCUGUUUGGAAUGUCUGGCAUCUUACUGUGAGAAACACCUUCAGCCUCAUUAUGACGUGGCUCCAUUAAAGAAACACAAGCUGGUGGAGCCCUCCAAGAAGCUCCAGGAGAACAUCUGCUCUCGUCAUGAUGAGGUAAUGAAGAUGUUCUGCCGUACUGAUCAGCAGAGUAUCUGUUAUCUCUGCUCUGUGGAUGAACAUAAAGGCCACAACACAGUCUCAGCUGCAGCAGAAAGGACUGAGAGGCAGAGAGAGCUGGAGGUGAGUCGACAAAACAUCCAGCAGAGAAUCCAGGACAGAGAGAAAGAUGUGAAGCUGCUUCAACAGGAGGUGGAGGCCAUCAAUCAGUCUGCUGAUCAAACAGUGGAGCACAGUGAGAAGAUCUUCACUGAGCUGAUCCAUCUCAUCCAGAAAAGAAGCUCUGAUGUGAAGCAGCAGAUCAGAUCCCAGCAGGAAACUGAAGUGAGUCGAGUCAAAGAGCUUGAGGAGAAGCUGGAGCAGGAGAUCACUGAGCUGAAGAGGAAAGAUGCUGAGCUGAAGCAGCUCUCACACACAGAGGAUCACAUCCAGUUUCUACACAACUACCCCUCACUGUCAGCACUCAGUGAGUCUACAGACUUAUCCAGCAUCAAUAUCCGUCCUCUGAGGUACUUUGAGGAUGUGACAGCAGCUGUGUCAGAGGUCAGAGAUAAACUACAGGACAUUCUGAGAGAGGAAUGGACAAACAUCUCACUGACAGUCACUGAAGUGGAUGUUUUAUUAUCACAACCUGGGCCAAAGACCAGAGCUGAAUUCUUAAAAUAUUCAUGUGAAAUCUCACUGGAUCCAAACACUGCAAACACAUAUCUGUUAUUAUCAGAGGAGAACAGAAAAGCAACAGUCAUGAAACAACAACAGUCUUAUUUUGAUCAUCCAGACAGAUUCACUGGAUGGUCUCAGGUCCUGAGCGGAGAGAGUCUGGCUGGACGCUGUUACUGGGAGGUGGAGAGUGGAGAAAACGUUUAUGUAGCAGUAGCAUACAACACUAUCAGUAGAGCAGGGUGGGACAAUGAAUGUGCAUUUGGACGUAAUGACAAAUCUUGGGCAUUAAAUUGCUACAAAAACAGUUACACAUUUUGGUACAACAACAUCCAAACUCCUGUCUCAGGUCCUCGUUCCUCCAGAGUAGGAGUGUACCUGGAUCACAGUGCAGGUAUUUUGUCCUUCUACAGCAUCUCUGAAACCAUGACUCUCCUCCACAGAGUCCAGACCGUAUUCACUCAGCCGCUCUAUGCUGGACUCUGGUGUCGUCAGAAUGACGACACCAAAGCUGAGUUCAUUAAACUGAAAUAGACUGAAGACUUUCAUAUUGUAGUCGGUUAUAAAUCUGUACUUCAGUUUCCAUUUUAAUUUCUCUCCAUCAUUAUUGUGACGUUUCUUCAUUGCAGAGAGUUCAGCUGUUAAUCAAACAUUAUGGGUCGUACUUUGACAUCUUCUUGAUGUUUUCUUAAGUUUUUUAGGUGGAGUUUUUUGUUUGUUUGUUUGUUUGUUUCUUGUGGGUGACACUAGCCCAGGAGUUAAAGGAGGUCACAUCCUAAUUGGAAUGCUGGUGGUUCAAUCCCUGCUUGCUCCAGUGUGAAUGCUAAAGAAUCCUUUGCUAAGACAUUGAACCUUAGGUUAUGUGAGUGGAUGUUAUUUAGACAGUACUUAAAUGUUGAAGAAAGUGCUUGUAUAAAUAUAUGGGUGAACAAAUCCAUUUAGCUCUUUCCUGUGUCUGUUUAGCCACGGAGGCUAUCUUUCUCCAAAUGAAAUUUAAACUUUUCAGUUAUCUUAAUUUUUAUAUUCUUUUAAUUGUAUGUUAUUGUUUCUGUCCUACAUCAUAGGCUUUAACAGAGAAAACUCUUUAUCACAGAGAUUUUGUUCCCACCAUUUUUUACAUUUAGAAAUUAAAUCUGUAAUCACAUACACAUUUUUUCUUUUUGGCAGAAAAAAUACUUUUGUUGUUUUUCCCUAAAUCUACAAACACAUUAGAGGCUGUAAAACUGUUAUUAUCAUAAUAAUAAUCUAAGUAUAGAUCGUUCAAUUAUUAAUACUGAAUGCAAUAUGUAACUCAUUUAAUACUUAAGGUGCAAACAAACUGAAGAUAU